AUGGAAGUGCCGCCAAACCAAACGAUCUACAUCAACAACCUCAACGAGAAAGUAAAGAAGGAAGGUGAGUGUAACGAAAGUGUUAGGUAUAUGAGCAUAAUUCUAGGAAAAACGACACUCCGUUCGAGCGAACAGUGUGUGACAAAUGCAGACUGUCAAUGAUGCUCUAAACACUAUCCCUGUAUUUCAAGAGUAUUAGACAACAUUGUUCACCUGCCAGUCUACAGUCUCCAUCACACAUCAUGUUCCAAUGCUGUUGUACUGGAUGUGAGUUCACAGAUUAUGCUUUUGAAAUAACAUGGUUGCCACAUGUCAAGAAAUGGUCAAGGCAAAAAAAAUUCUUGAAGGUCAGGGAAAAGUCAGUGAAUUUCAGUUUUAGUCAGGGAAAAAUUAAAUGUUUGAAAGAAGUCAGGGAAAAGUGAAAUUUUAAGAGUACAUAUUAAUUUACUCUUUUCUCUCUACUUUUUAAUAUUACUGUUUUCUAACAUUAAAAUUCUCUUAUACGUUUCACAGACAUAAAUCAUGUAGUAUUGGUAGAAUAAUUUUCAUGAAAUUGGACGACAAGCCGACGUUGGCUUUUCAAGAACAUCAUUUUUUUUUGCACAUUGUGUAAAUGAACUGUCAAUACAUGUACUGACGGGGGUUUUGUUUCAAGCCGGACACCGGACAUAAUUAUGUCUGGUUGUUUGACAUGUAACAUCUGUGGUUCACACACAAAAUAAUAAUUAAUUUUUGAAGUGUGAAAAAAGUGUGAAAUUUUUUUUACAUUUAUUAAUAGAGUAAAAAAUGAACAACUGAAAACUAACAAUUAUAAUUGGCAAAUCAUAAUAUUUCAUUUUUUGUGAGCAUAAUACCUUCCGGGUUAACCAAUUCCAAUCUAGAGAAUGCAGGAAAUUGCAUUUUAGAGAGUCCAAUAACUUUUAAAAAUUUCCUGGGGCAGCAUGCCCUUGGCCCCCCUUAGAAGUUUUUGACUCCAGCUCUCAACAUUAGCACAUUAGCACCUGCGGCACAAACAGUGCAAGUCUCCCAGCUGAACCUCUGCAUCUGACACCUCCAAAUGCCACAAAAAAACUCUGAUCUGAUGUACACUGCACGUGACUUGCUGAAAGCAUAAAUAAAAAGGUGGAGGGGAGGGUUGAGUCCAUCAUCAGGUCUGAUGUGUGAAAUUGUUAAUUCAGUUGGUCAGGGAAAUUUUACAUUUGUCAGGGAAAAGUCAGGGAAUUUCAGAAACCUCUGGCUGUGGCAACCAUGAAUAACUAGACAGUGUCCUGUAUGUAAUUUGUACUACAUCAGUGUCUGAUCUAGAGUGCACUAUUGGGGGAUUGCUGCAGUUUUCAAAUACCUGUUCUAGGUCAUUUUGGCAUACUUCAAAUGGUGUUUCAAAAGAAAAAGAAACAAGGAAAUGAAAUUUCUCCUUGUGCAAAAUCUUCUUAAAACAGUAUUUUGGUUUAAAUUUCAGGAGAUUAAAAGUAAAGCAAGAACCAAAAUCCAGAGAAUAUGAUGUAUGUAAAAGGCUGAAUUUUUCGAGGUCCCAGCCCCAGGCACUAGUUUGAAUAAAUGCCUUAGGGGGGUAGAUUGGGUAGAUCCACAUGCUUAAUUGAGAGCCCCUCUCUUGAUGUACGUGAAUGCAAAGUGAUGUCAAAACAAAUAAGGUUUUCAGCAUUUUUUGGUCAAAAACACAAAGAAGAAACUGCAGAAAUGUCCACGAUAAAUGUUGAAGCUGAGCCUGAGAAUGAUCAAUCCAGUGAAUCAAAAUCAAAGUUGCCAAAGCGAAACUUUGAACAAAGCUGGCUAGGGAAGUCUAAAUCCCUGAAGUUUGAUCCACUAAUUCAAAGGGUAUGUUCUGUUGGCUUUGCCAAAAAUCAAAGAAACAAAAUCCUUUUACCAUUGGUUGUGCAAACUACAGGACUUCAACAGUAGUUCCAGAUAAUGACUGUAGGUUCAAUUCACUCUUGAACAUUAUAUUUGUUGAUAACAUAACACCCGGUACAUUAGAAUAAAAAAAAUCUAGUGACUGGGACACAUUGCCCCCCUAGAUGGAAAUCCUAGAUCAGACACUGCUAUAUCUGUGUGAUGUAAAUCCCAGGUGAGCCACAUGUUUUGAUAUACAUCCUUUAAUUGACUAGAUCGUCGAUAACAGACCAGCCUUUACCUGAGUGUCAAAGAAAAGGUUUUUUUCUCAGACUAAUUCUCAUCUCAAAAUAAAUGACAACUGAAGCAUUCAAACUAAUACAAUAUUGAAUCUUUGUGACUUUAGCAAGCCUAGAACAGACACUCGACUUUAAUUGAUUUUUCAGUCACUAACCAAGUUGUGAUGUUCCUUGUUUUUAGAACUCAAGAAGUCACUAUAUGCCAUUUUUUCACAGUUUGGACCUAUUUUAGACAUUGUUGCCCUCAAGACUCUCAAAAUGAGAGGUCAGGCAUUUGUAGUGUUUAGAGACCUAGGUAGUGCAACAAAUGCACUGCGGUCAAUGCAAGGCUUCCCAUUUUAUGACAAGCCAAUGGUAAGUUUGUUCAGAAACAACAAAAUCUACAGUAGCUGCAUUUAUGGUAUGUAUGAAGUAGAUUGUCAAAGGCUUUGUGAUAUUAAAAAAAAAUCACAUCCAAUCACAUACCAGUAAUUCAGGGAAAUUCACAAACUGAAACUAAAACUCUCAAAUUGUCUCCCUUCAAAUAGGUUCCCUCCCCCCAAAUGCUUUUGGCUAAGCAUCCCCGGUUACAUGUACACCUAUCCUUAUCCCUUUCUCUGGGGAGGUAUUUGGAGGUAUCCUUGUCUGUCAUGUCUGUAGUGUGAAUUUCAAAUCUGUUUUGUCAUGUGAAAAAGAGGAAGCUAUGUUCAUGUUUGCAACUCUCUUUGCUGUCACUGACAGUUUUGAUCCAACAGUCUACUUAAAAUUUUAAAUGAACAAUAUAUAAUAAUUAUAGUAAUUUUGUUUUUGUUAUCAAAGAUUGCCUGCUUACUUAUCUCUUAACUUGCUUUCUUCAGUUGGACAAAUGAAUCUUGCAGCAUUGUUUAAUUAGAUCGUGAAGGUUUUCUCUGUCCUAUUCAGAAUCUGUUCUGUGUUAUUAAGCUUUUUCAAUCUUUUAUUGCUAGCCAGUGGACAUGCCUACCUGGCUGUCAACAGCACUUCACUGCUUUAUAUUGUUGGAAGUUGUUGUUAGUAUGGUAGUAGAAGCUGAUCCUUAUUGACGACAAUAAAUCCUUUUUUCAUUGUGUUUGAGUGUUUUUCACAAUAUACUGUGACUUUCAAAUCACCUUUUCUUGGUAGUUCCUAGGUAGUGCCUAGUUCAUAAUCAUGAAUGAGUCAAUUUUUGUUCUCUAAACAUUUCAGAGAUUUGACAAGGGAGUAAAUUGUUAAAAUUAAUAACGUUUUUUUCAAAUUCCCCCAACAUGCCGCUUAUUAUUUAGUGUAAAACUCAUUGCAGUGUUUGAACAUCAAGUGUUUCUCCCGCAUGUAGACUGUUCUGAACAGAUUUUCCCAUAUUUCCAGAUAUGGAUUUUAUAUGAUUUGGUGUUCAUUUAUAACAACUAUUUCACUGUGACUGUGUCUUCUGUAUGCCAGAGAAUACAGUUUGCCAGAAGCAAAUCUGAUGCAGUAGCCAAACAGGAAGGAACAUAUGUACAGCGAGAGAAGAAACCACGUGAAAAGCGAAAGGCCCCUGAACAAGGUUAGUUGCCACAGUGUCUAAAGCUACAUAUGUCAAUAAAUUAGGUGUCAAUUUAAUAAGGGUUAUAAACAUGAAAAUCUGUCACUGAAAACUUAAAGGUUGGCUUUUUCAAAGGAAUCAAAUAAGCUUUUUGGUGUGCUUUUAUUUUGGCUAAAGUUGUAGUCAAUUAAUACCAUGUAGCAGCUUGUACAGGUUUAACAAGAAAGCAAUCUUAAAGCAUGUUUGACUCAUUUGAUUAAUGAAUUUUCUGGUCACUGUACUGGCCCAAAACGUUGUAACAAGUCACACACUCUGCUACACUGUUGGGUGGUUUUCCUUUAUAUUUUAUUUAGAACCUAAUUUUUUGUUUUACAAGGCUUCAUUUAAAUCCCCAAGAUCUUGAAAUUGUUUCGAAGGAAGUGCAGUGGGGUAGUGGAACAAGAAUUUCAUUAGAGUUUUCUGUUUCAUGUUACAUUUACCUAUACAUACAGAACAAAGGCUGUUUUCUCUGCAGAAUCAUUGUAAGCUUUAUCAGUAAACGAUAUCAUUCCACCCUGACUCGCAGGAAUAAAAGUUUGAUUUUCCCUUUAUAUUUUUACAGCCAAACCAGCCAAACGACAGCAGAAUGCACAGCCUGUGCCCAUGGCAGUUGCACAGCCUGUGGUCGCACCAGUUGCUCAAAAUGGUAAGGACUUGUGAACAUUAUUUUGUUUUUUGAAGACUAGUUUUGCCUAGCCUGUAUUGCAGAAGAAAUUUAAUCCCAGUUAGUAACGCCUGCAUAGCUGCGCCACGAUCCUCGUUCUACACCCCUAAAGGAUUUAAUGAAUUACCAGAAUCACUGAAUUACCCUCUUAACCCGAUUCACAGAUCAACAAUGGCUUUUUUUAACAAGCCAAUCAAAUCCUGGUGCACAAGAGAUGGGGGGCUCAGAACAAGGAUUUCAGUGCUGUUGUGCAGACAGACUUAACCAGAGGUUUAGUUUGGUCUGUGGUGCAGGCUAAAUUUUUCCACGCCUAAUACACUCUUCUCACUUAUGGUAAUAUGCCGGUCUAACCUCGUUUACGGGUAAAAAUUCUUUUGAAAUUCAAAUACGAAAACGUCGUCUGAUUAGCAUUUCAAAGGACGUUUUACUCAAAAACGAGGUUAGACGGGCAUAUUACCAUACGUGAGAAGAGCGUAUUGGCUUUUCCCUUGCAACACAUUAACAUUCCAGAUGUACAUGUUUUUCUGGUGUCCACAGUUUUCUGAGUUUCACAGUUAUGAUGGCUUUUAAGCAACAACGUUUUUAACAUUCAACCGGAAUGGCCUUUUUUGAUUUUUUUCUGGUGGUUUCCAAAUUUUCAGUUUCUAUAACAGUAAAGAAGCUAAGGAAUACAAAUUUUAUAUCAUCAAGGCAUGUUAAGAGGGAAAAUACCUCACUUCCGGUUGACGUCCGUCGCUCAAAAACGCCUUUGCUUAAGCUCCCUAUUAGCCUAUUUCAACUUGCCAGUGUGUACUGAAAAUAAAAUAAAUUGAUUCUAACAGUUUGGUUAUUUGUUUUUCCACAGUGGUCCCUGCAGCAGUGCAACAGCCAGCAGUAGAGCUACCUAACAACAUCCUGUUCCUGACCAGCCUGCCAAAUGAGACUACAGAGUUGAUGUUGUCUAUGUUAUUCAACCAGUACCAUUUCUGGACUCAGCUAGAUUGUUUUAUAAACCUAAUGAGACAUCUUCUUUUAAGAGUCUCACCAUCUUUACUGAACCUCUUAAUUUGUCUUCCUACACCUGUGUUUCACUUUCCUCGUUUUUGGCAAUUAUCAUGUGCACUCGCGUUCUGUGCUUGCUUAGUUGUCCCUCUGAAAGUUGUUCAUUUUAAAGUGACAAGCGACGUUAUGCAGUUCUUUAUGAAUUUUGAUAGGUCCUUGCCAGGAUGGAGAAUAGUUAUAAAUGACAUGCCUUUUGUUGUUGUUUGUCUCUCUCUUUUUUUUUUUUGCACUUAUUAUUACAGAUUUCCUGGAUUCAAAGAAGUUCGCUUGGUCCCAGGUCGUUCAGACAUCGCUUUCGUGGAGUUCGAGAAUGACGUACAGUCAGGGACAGCCAAAGGUGCUCUUCAGGGAUUCCGGAUUACACCAUCAAAUGCCAUGAAAAUCACUUAUGCUAAGAAGUGA